UCAGAGUGCUCACAUAAUGUCACCUGUCUGCUCCUCUUUGUAUCAGCAGGUAAAGGCGUGGCCAGGCUCAUUCGUGGCAGUUACCCGAGAGCAACAAGAUUAAAGGACGCUGCUGGCGGCGUCGACUUUAAUCUACUCAGAAGAAAACAAACAUGGUGAAACAAAGCAGACAGCCCAGUCCAGUUGUCCCACUCCAGGCUGGACCUGGUGAGGGGGACACUGGCGGCCUGUUGGACGUUAACCUCAGAAUCGGUGAAGGGACAUCUCGUGCCUUCGCCCGCCAACUGGCUGCCAUCGGGGACCAGAUGGACCGGGAGUGGACAAGCAGGCGGCGAAACCGGCUCCCGACUCCUCUACGCAUGCUGAGACCUGCUCAGGUCCUGACCAGGACCAUGUAUCGGGAUUUCCACAACCAGUUAUGGGGCUUCCACGGCCUCUCUGCUGCAGUGAAGUCCUGGAUACUGAGCACCGCGCCUGGGCAGGGUCUCUUCAGAGCUGAGGCCUGGACAGCCUGGGUUUCCAGUUUCAAACCAAUUACCAGCACUGAUUGGACCAGAGGAGCCCUGGUGACUGUGGCACUGGUGGCUGCAGUGACCCUUCUCGGUGCCUUAUGGAUGGAGUGGAAACCUUAAAGAGCCAAAAUAAUAAUGACUUUUCCACCAUUAUUAUAUUUGUCAAGAAAAAAAGUUUGCAGGCGAGUGAUAAUA